AUGGAUAGCACAGAUCCUUUCCUUCAAGUACAAGCAGACGUUCUGUCGACGCUGCAAUCCAGCCGGCCCCUUUUCUCCUCAUACCUUCGUAUCAGAUCUCUCGCAAAAUCGCCAUCAAAUCCAGAACUCCAACAAGCCCGCGCAGAGCUCGAGGCUACACUGACAGACUUAACUGCGGAUCUGGAUGAUCUCGUCGGGAGUGUGCGCGCAAUUGAGCAAGACCCGUACCGAUAUGGCCUCGAAAUCGACGAAGUCGCACGCCGACGGAAGUUAGUGGACGAGGUUGGAGAUGAGGUCGAGAAGAUGAGAGAGGAGCUGCAGAGGGUGGUCACAACUGCUGACACAGCUGGCGGGACCAAGGCACAUACAGGUUCUACGUCAGGACUGCCCAAUCCGUCUGACUUUGAUAAUGUGCUCUCUCCCUCGGAUGAUCGAGGGGACGAUUACUACACUGCUCUUGAGCAGCAGCGGCAGAUGGAGCUGAUGCAUGAACAAGAUGAACAGCUAGAUGGGGUAUUUCGCACUGUGGGCAACCUACGGCAGCAGGCAGAUGACAUGGGGAGAGAGCUGGAAGAGCAGGCAGUCAUGAUCGACGAGGUGGAUACAUUGGCCGAUAGAGUUGGGGGCAAGCUGAGCAACGGGAUGUCACGGAUAAAGCACAUCGUGCGAAAGAACGAAGAUACAAUGUCUUCAUUCUGCAUCGCGGCUCUCAUCUUCGUCCUGGUGCUACUACUAAUUUUGGUAAUCGCAUUGUGA